UCGAACAAGUCAACUUUCAGUCUCAACGCUAUUGGAGAUGUGUAAAGGCCAAGCAGGCGAGCUGGCAGUUGGGAGAGAAAUACUAAAAUCUGGGUCCAUUGGUAUUGGUGGUGUUGAUUACGUCUUAAAAUGUAUUAUUGGAACCCAAACUGAAUCUAGCAACUGGCAAGCACUACUGGGACGACUUUGUCUAAUAGAAAGACUUCUGUUGGAAUUUCCUGGUGAAUUUUAUCCCCACAUUGUCUGUGGAGAUGUUCUGCAAUCUGAUACUGUAGUAGACAGGUAUAAGAAACUUCUCUCCCUCUUAGCUUUCACCUUGCAGUCAAUUGACAAUUCCCACUCAAUGGUUGGUAAACUGUCGCGGAGAGUAUUUUUGAGUGCAGCAAGAAUGGUGGCCAGAGUGCCCCACGUUUUUGUAAAGCUGUUUGAAAUGUUGAGUGUGAUGAGCUCAACUCAUUAUGUAAGGAUGCGUCGACGUCUGAUGGCAAUAGCAGAUGAAAUGGAUGUUGCAGAAGUCAUCCAGCUAGGCAUGGAAGAGACGCACUCUGGGGAUUGUCGACAUGAAGACUUCUUGCAGUUACCUGUACCAGAUAACUCUCCAGAAGCUACAGAAAGUAAUACUCCUAACAAUACUGUCCAGUUAUCAGGGAAAAGUGGGAGAGGUUUAAGUAAUAAAAAACUGAGUGCCAGUCCAGAGGACAUUUCUGAGACUCUGGCUGGCCUUGCUGUGGGACUUCCUGUUCCAUCAGUAACCACUGAGCAACCAAAGCCAGCCAUUCAAACAAAAGGAAAACCCCACGGUCAGUGUUUGAAUUCUUCUCCCUCAUCCAGUCACUAUUCCCAGUCGCUAUUCCCAACACUCCUGUCUCCUUCAAACCCAUCUGUACCAGCUGGCACUGUAACAGAUGUCUCUAAACUCAGACCUCAGGGAUUCGUUCCCUGCAAAAUCCCCUUACCUUCGCCUCAAACACAACAGAAACUUUCUCUGCAGUUUCAGAGAAGCUGUCCUGAAAAUAAAGAACCAGAGAAGCUUUCUCCGGUUUUUACCCAAGCAAGGCCAUUGCCAUCCAGUCACAUACACAGGCCAAAGCCAUCACGAGCCACCCCAAGUGAUGUCAGCAAGCAGGGAGAAACAUCAAAAAGCAGUAUGACACUUGACCUGAAUGAUAUUUCACAGUGUGAUGGCAGUAGUAGUAGUAGUAGUGCAGUUAUACCAAGUGAAGAGACGGUGUUCACACCAGUAGAUGAAAAAUGUCGUUUGGAUGCUAAUGCAGAGCUCAAUUCCAGUAUUGAGGACCUACUGGAGGUCUCCAUGCCGGCAAGUGAUGGCACAGUUACGUUCAAGUCUGAAGUUGCAGUUCUGUCUCCUGAGCGGGCAGAAAAUGAUGAUACUUACAAAGAUGAUGUAAACCAUAAUCAGAAAUGCAAGGAGAAGAUGGAAGCUGAAGAGGAGGAAGCUUUAGCUAUUGCUAUGGCAAUGUCAGCAUCUCAAGAUGCCUUGCCAGUGAUUCCCCAACUACAGGUGGAAAAUGGUGAAGAUAUCAUAAUAUUUAAUUUGCAGACACCAGAAACCCUGCCUGGACAUACCAAGGCAAAACACCAUUACAGAGAAGAUGCAGAGUGGCUUAAAGGUCAGCAAAUUGGUCUUGGUGCUUUCUCUUCAUGUUACCAAGCUCAGGAUGUAGGAACAGGGACAUUAAUGGCGGUAAAACAGGUGACAUAUGUGAGGAACACAUCAUCUGAGCAAGAAGAGGUAGUUGAAGCACUGAGAGAAGAAAUAAGGAUGAUGAGUCAUUUGAACCAUCCUAACAUUAUUCGAAUGUUGGGUGCUACAUGUGAGAAGAGCAACUAUAACCUCUUUAUUGAAUGGAUGGCAGGGGGUUCAGUUGCUCAUUUGUUAAGUAAAUAUGGAGCCUUCAAAGAAUCAGUUAUUAUUAAUUACACGGAACAACUGUUACGUGGCCUUUCUUACCUCCAUGAGAAUCAGAUAAUCCAUAGAGAUGUUAAAGGUGCCAAUUUGCUAAUUGACAGCACAGGUCAUAGAUUAAGAAUUGCUGAUUUUGGAGCUGCAGCCAGGUUGGCAUCAAAAGGAACUGGUGCUGGGGAAUUUCAGGGACAGUUGUUGGGAACUAUUGCGUUUAUGGCACCAGAGGUUCUGAGAGGUCAGCAGUAUGGUAGAAGCUGUGAUGUGUGGAGUGUUGGUUGUGUUGUUAUAGAAAUGGCUUGUGCUAAACCUCCCUGGAAUGCAGAGAAGCACUCCAAUCAUCUUGCUCUGAUAUUUAAG